AAAAAAACCUAUUGUAACAAAAAUCAAACCUAAGACACUCUCCUCUCCUCUCCUCUCCGCGCGCAGCUCCUCUUCUCCACGGCGCCUCGCCUCUCUUCUCAACGCACGGCCUCCGUGCACAACCCCUUUAAGUUUCUCCAGAAGAAGAAAUUCUAUGAAUACAAGGUUUUGCUGCAGUGAAGAAGAGUAUGCACCAAGAUUCAACUAUAUAUCUGUUCUUAAUUUUUGCCUAUUAAUCAUAAUAUUGUGCCCCUUCCUAGUUCCACGUGGGCCGUGAGUCGCUGAUCUCUCUCUCUGUCUCUCUCUUACGCACGAUUGCACGUUUCGCCGCUUCCAGCCAUUCACGAGCCUCCAGUCGCAGCCACCACCGCCGCCUGUUACAGCCACCAUCGCUGGCUCUCCUGCACAGGUAUGAUGGAUGUUGAUGAAAGUGGGGUUGAGGAAGAACAUAUUCCAAAAUUUGUAGUCAAAGCGUCUAAUGAAGCUAAACUAAGGGAGCUAUUGCACAACAUUACUUCUACUGAAAUUAAGUUAUGCUCUUAUGCAUCAAAGGAGUUCAUCAAGCUGCUUAAAGGCGAUUCUGGACAUGAGUUACUACAUCAAUAUAUACAGAAUUCCUCUAAGUGCUCCGAGCUUUUAGAAGCUUGGAGGAUUAGAAGGGGAAAUCUUGGAAUGUCAUAUAUUCUAUCACUAAUUUCUGCAAUUUUGAGUCAUCCGGAUGGAAAAUAUAAACCUGACGAUGUGGGGAGAAUUUCUAUAACCAGGGUUCUUGAUAAGCUUGCUCGUUCAAUUGUUGAAGAAAAAAUGGAAGAUGUUUAUAAAGAAAUGAGUAGUAAAGAAGCAAAGCGCCAGACUGCUGCUCUUCUUCUAAUAGCUUCUAUUGUUAGGCGAAGUUCAGGUUUGGCUUUGGAGGUUGCAAAGAGCUUCAAUUUCAAACUCACUAUAUUUCCCAAGCUUGCGGAGUAUAAAAUGAAGCAAAUUGAGAAAAAAGUAAAGCACUCCACAAGAAAACCCUUCAUUAGUUUUGCAAUGUCAUUUUUGGAGAUGGGGAAGCCGGGAUUGUUGAGAUGGGUCCUACAGCAGAAGGAGAUGUAUUCUGGUGUCCUCCGUGGGCUUGGGAAUGAUGAUGAGGAGACUAUUUUAUAUGUCCUGUCUACACUGCGGGAUAGGGUUCUCAUUGAAGAGUCAUUGGUGCCUCCUUCUCUUAGGAGUGUCCUCUUCGGGAGUGUUACUUUGGAAAAACUAGUUAGCAUUUCUGGGAGGGAGAAUGGAGGACCUGCUGCAGAAAUGGCACAUAGUGUUCUGAUUAUGGUUUGUACUGAUCCAUCAAAUGGAUUGAUGCCAGAUCUGAAUAAACAUCCAAAUCCAUUGAGGGGUAAUCCGAAGCGAAUCCUGGGUCUAAUGAGGAAGCUUAAAGCAACAGAGGUUGGUUAUCACCGAGACCUGCUUCUGGCUAUUGUUCGAGGGAGGCCUUCUUUUGGUUCAUCAUACAUGGAUGAGUUUCCUUACAACCUUGAAGAUUUUGCCUCUUCUACUUGGUUUGCUGCUGUUUCUUUGGCAGCAAACUUGAUUUCCACAGUGGCCUUUAGCUGUCCUGUUGGUUUCCUUGAUUUCCAAUCUCAAGAUCCACCUUCCUUUAAUAGUCCAAAUGUGCAGUAUAUUAUGAAAUGCAUAUGUCCUCGUCCAUUCAGGAGAUCAGUGGUCAAUAAGGGGUUACUUCAUGCUGAUUCUCUUGUGAAACAUGGAACUUUGAGGCUUCUUUUGGAGUCGCUGAAGUUGUUGAACUCCUUCAUGGAUGCUAUAAACAACCAUUCUUAUUCCAACAAUCAAAUAAUGUAUAGAUGGGUGUCUCUCAAGCAAGAAAUUCAGAAUGAAGUCCAAACAUCACUUCCAGAUUCUCAAGUUCUAUUGACAUUGUUAUCUUCUCUGAGUAGUCGCCACAAGAGUUCGGACUUAUGCUUGAAGAGAGCAGCUGAUUUGGAUAGCGCCCUUGAACACAAUAUGAAUGGUAUGAAGAAACAAAGAACUGCUGCUGUAAAUGAGGAUGUGGAUAUUCUUAUAAGUGGGAUAAGUUCUGCCCCUGACAUUUUGCUAUCUCAGGAAAGUGAAAAAGGUUUAUGUGCAUGCACUGCAGAAAAGUUAGACAGUAUAAAAGAUCAGAUAGAGGUUAUUGCUGAAAUAUGGGGUUUACACGCAUCCUCCAUGCCUGUCACUGCAUUAAAGGAUGCAGAGAUAUAUUUUCACUCAAAGUUGCUUGAUGCUCUCAAAAUUUUUUACCGAAUUUUUCCCGCUCUUCUCGAAGGAUCAUUUGAUUUCUUUAAAAUUAUCCCCAGCAAUCCUUUUGCAUUACCAACAGUCCUGCAGCAAUCUUUGUUAUCUUUUCUAAUAGAAUGCAUUGGAUGGUGUCCUAAGCGUGGCAUUCCAGUUAGAACUGCACCUAUGAUGUACAAGCAUCUUCAUCCAUUCAUCAACUUGCUAAUUUAUUCAUCAUUUAGAGACAUAAAGGAUCAAGCGUACGUUCUGGCACAAGCAGCCAUGUUAAGUACAGGUGCAUUUGACAAGAAUUCACGGGAAAUUGUUGCAUGGUUCUUAUUUCUACCUGGUUAUAGUAAUGAUACUUUUUCUGUUGAAGAUGAAAGGAUGGAAGUCUUUCAGAAUCUGUCUUCAGUUGUUGUUUCAUUUUUAUGUGAUGCCAUUUCCAGUGUUGGCAAUAAUUUAUUCAAAUAUUUGAAUCGUGUGAGGUCCUGUGCUUACCAUUUAAAAGGCACAAAAGAUGUUUCUCCUGAUUUCAGCCCUCUUGUUAUAUGUGUGCUAGAGAAGUGUCUAAGAUUGCUGAGUUCAGAUUCUGGAACUUUUACAUUACCUGAGAAAUCUAUGAUAUCAUUAUUUGUGAGCAACACACUAAGUUACAUAGUACAAACUCAGGUUGAAGGUGAACUGUUAUCUUCCUUGAUUGAUAUGUUCUUAUCAGAGAGAUUUGGUGACCGUUUCUUUACAAAUGAGGAUUCUAAGAGUUUAUGUGAGUGGAGGCCAUUGAAGAAAUUGCAUCUCUUUUUGAAGAGCAUAAGAAAUCGACAACUCUGUGGCAUCUUGUCUAUUGAUAGAGAAUCUGUGCAUGCUGGUGGUUCUUUUGCUAAUACACUUUCUGAAGUACAAAAAAUUGUAAGUAGUGAGCAUGAUGGUGGAUUGGUUGGAAUAACUAAAGCAUUUUCCUUCUCAAUGAUUUGCGCAACCCCUGAUGAGAUAUUACAAAAUUUUCCAUCUGUUAUGUCGAUUUCACAGAGCUUGCUUGGUCUUCCUCUUUCUGUCUUAUUUUCUGUAGUUUUUCUUGAGGGAAGUCUUAUUGGUGGUGUUUCCAAGUUAUGGCCUGAAAUGUUUUUUCAUGGUUUGGAAAUGGCUGUAGAUGGCAACAGUGGAGAAGUUAAUACUUCUAGAAGGCCUAUCAAUUGUUCAUCUCUCAAUUGUGGCAGCGAUUCAAUUGACUCUGUUUCUGUUGCAUUUAGUUUAUUUUUGAAGCAGGUGCCUUUCUACGUUCUAUUUCCUGUGCUCAUGAGCUUUGAUGAUUUGAGUUCAUUGGAGCACUUGAAACUACGAGACUUGCUUUUAGCUAAACUGUCUGAGUUGACAAUUGAUCAAUUUAUUUCUUCUUUUCGCCUUGUGCUGUUCUGGAUUGACCAGAUACGAUCAACGUAUAAAAUUAAACCUUCAGGUGAACUGGAAAGGCUGUCUGAGAUAUGCUUUUUCUUUAUAGAGCAUAUAUUAAUGCAGCUAUUAAUUGUAAAUCCUGCGUCUGAUCGUCCAACAGUCGCUGGGGCGCAUUUGCCAAGUCAAUAUAUUCAAGAAGUGGUUGAAACUAUUUUCUGUCAUCCAGCAGUGGCAGUGUCAUCGGCAUUGCUUCAAGGCUUUAGCAAGGAUUUCACAAACAGAAACAUUGGGCACAAUUUGGAAAAUUUGCUUUGUUUAUGCAAGCAGAGAGUUCAUAAGAUGGAUUAUCACCCACUGAUCCUGUUGACAACUACUUUAGACCAUUUCUUGGCUUUGUGCUAUGGUCAGAAGUGUGAUGUCUGCACAAAGGAACAUAUUUUAAAGGCUUUCAGAACUCUGGUUCAGCAGCUAUUUUUAAUAUUCAGGACUAACUUUGACCUGUGCAUGAAAACUGAAGAUUUGGCGCAAGUUGUCCCCACGUUGUGCACUUUAUAUACUUUGAUUCCUUACAUAUCUCCCUUUGAGCUGCUUGAAUUAGUGGAUUGGAUAUUAUCUAGACUUGAUGUAAAUGAGAUGAUGCUUUUAAAAUCUUUCAAGGAUUCUGCGCUGUCUGUGGGAUUGUGUAUUGCUGGUCGUGCUUUUGAAAUUCUAUCCAGUUCUAUGGGAUGGCCAAACCUAAAGACAGAAACAUAUGAUUUGUUCUGGGGAUUGGAAGAGAAAAAUGCCCUGUUUGAGAGAAUUUAUUUCAAGACGUGUGAGUUUUCAACAUGCUGUAAACUAGAUGUUGCGGAUCUAUGUUUGCUGAGAGCUGUAAAUGCUGCGUGUUUGCACAGAUAUUGGCAACAGCAGAGCUGUUUGCUUCCGUCGACUUUUGCAAUGUUGAGGGUGAUACAAAGCACUCCUAUGGAAAUAGUUUCUCAUUGUAUAUACAGAACAAAUGUGACCAAAGCUGAAUUGUUGUUUCUUCUUGUUGAAGUGAGCCCCAAUCAUAUGUCAGCCUUUGGGUGCUUGAUUUCAGAUAUUUUAAAUAAAAGAUUGCUUCUUAACAAAAUGGAAGGGACAUGUAGUUGUAGUAUUUCAGAUGAGGACUAUAUGAUGCUGUUACCUGCUGCUUUGUUGUUUUUGGAUUCUACUCUAAUGAAACUUGGUGAACUGUUUUACAAGCAUUUUAGGAGUAUAUCUUCACAUUAUUCGAGGAUUCUCUUGGAUGGUUUUGUUAACUGGAGGAGUUAUGUGUCUGGAGACAUAUUUAAGGUCGAUUUUGGUGAAUUCUUGCCUUCAUCAUUGGAGGAAGUUUUCAAUAUCAUCAAUUGCAGUCUUCUUGUAAAAGCAGUUCAUAUGUUGCAGCAUCACUUUGCUUUAUCAGGUUCUAUGACUUUGAAAAAGCGGUUGAAGCUAUUUAAUUCCAUUUGCUCAGAGUCAGGUGCAUGCAAUGGUCUGCUGGAAUGUGAUGUUGGUGAGAUUGAUUCUUAUUCAUUCAAUCAGUCAAUUAACUUUGUAAACAGAGUUGUUGCCAAGAUAUCCAUCUGCAAGUUACUGCUAUUUCCAAAGGAUGAUAAGCUUCAAUCCUCACCAAAAGAAGCAGAUGGGAAGGUGGAGGUGAUUUGGUCAAAACUAGAAUUCAGUAAGGAGGUCUUGUCAAGAAUUCAAUUGAUAAAGAUUUUGGUUCAUGCUUGGCAAUUGAUCGUGAAGAAAUUCCCUUCAAUCUCUAAUGAAUAUCUAACAAAGGGCACAAAUUGUUUGUUGUUCAAAUUCUUGGAAGUUCAUAUUUUGACAACUGUUACUGAGUUGACCACAAAUAUGUAUGGUAAUCAUCUACUAUUGGAUUCUCUUCCCUUCAUAGAACAGUUUGCUAGGUCAUCCUUUCUUUAUAGGUUUGAGGAUCCUAAGACACAGCAAAUGCUCCAAACUGUUCUUACUUUGUCUGGUAAAUCUUCACGUGUUUUAGUUCUCCAGCUUCUGCUUGCUCACUCUCAAUUUGCCCCUUCUCUUAAUUCUGUCUCCAAAUCAUCUGGUUAUUCUCAGAUUGGUACCUUUUUUAGGCCCAUGUCCAGCAUUCUGGGGUCACUUGUCAUUCCUCGUAAACGUAAUGAUCCGUAUGCCAGUGAUGGCAAGGAGAGUCCAGAAAGAUCUGAGCUGAAAACCAAACAGUUGGAAGUUAUUAAAUUGCUCAGAAUACUCUAUCAUUCUGAUUCUGUUUCGGAGAUAGAUUUUGGCAUAGAUUCCAAAGAACUGCUCUUCUUGCUUUUGUCUUCUUAUGGUGCAACGCUUAGUGAAAUUGACUUGGAGAUAUACAAUCUGAUGCAUGAGAUUGAAUCAUUUGAUGGAUUGGAUGGAAAUGUUGCUGAGAUGGAUUAUCUGUGGGGAGUUACUGCUGUAAAGAUUAGAAAUGAACGGGCACAGGAGCAGGGUAUUGUUAAUGAUGUUGUUGAUAAUGAAGCAGCUGAAGAACGCCGAAGAAGUCUGUUUAGAGAAAACCUUCCCAUUGACCCCAAAAUGUGUGCUGCAACAGUGCUGUAUUUUCCCUAUGACAGGACUGCUGAUGAUGGACCUUUUCAUCAGAACAAGAUUCAACGUGAUAAUUUGACGGGUGCUUUUGAGAUGAAGUCUGCUGAAGUUGAAAGAACACAACAAUAUGAUCCUGUUUACAUCUUGCGGUUGUCAAUCCAUAGUCUGUCAAUGGGUUAUCUUGAACCACUGGAGUUUGCCAGUUUGGGUUUGCUUGCCGUCGCAUUUGUUAGCAUAUCAUCUCCCAGUGACGGGAUAAGGAAAAUGGGUUAUGAGGCCCUGGGAAAAUUCAAAGGUGCAUUGGAGAACUGUAAAAGAGGGAAGGAUGCAAUGCGACUGCGGCUUCUUUUGACAUAUUUGCAAAAUGGAAUAGAAGAACCAUGCCAGAGAAUUCCUUCCAUAACUGCUGUUUUUGCGGCAGAGGCUUCUUUGAUAUUAUUGGAUCCUGCGCAUGAUCAUUACUCAACUAUUUGGAAGCUAUUGAUGCACUCACCUAAGAUGAAUAUUAAGAGUGUACCAUUAUUUCAUAAUUUUUUCUGGAGUAGCUCUAUCAAUUUCAAAGCAGACAGAUUGUGGAUUCUCCGGCUAUUGUAUGCAGGGCUGAAUGUAGAUGAUGAUGCUCACAUAUAUAUCAGGAACUCCAUUCUUGAGAUCUUACUGAGCUUCUAUACUUCUCCUCUUUCAGACAAUGCUUCAAAGGAACUGAUUCUUCUGAUAGUGAAGAAGUCUGUUAAAUUGAAUAAGAUGACCUACUAUCUAGUUGAACACUGUGGUCUGAUCUCAUGGCUGUCGUCUGUUUUUUCAAUUUGUGAGGGGCUGUGCAGUGGUCAGAAUAAAAUCGUCUUAGGACACUUGACCAUGGUACUCGAGGUGGUCAAUGAUAUCCUUGCUUCCAGAGACAUUGUUGAGUGGUUGAAAAAUUUUGGUCUUGAGCAGCUCUCCGAAUUUUCAUCUCAUCUACACAGAGUGUUAGUUGGCGGCUCAAAGUUAAACGGGCUAGAUGUUCCUUUGGCUAAUAUGAUUCUGCAAGUUCUUGUGUCAACAUUGAACAUAUCACAGAAAAGGAAAAUAUACCAGCCGCAUUUUACCCUAUCAUCUGAGGGUUUAUUUCAAAUAUAUGAAAUUGUUGAUGCAUAUAAAGAUGCAAGAUCCAGUCCAACUGCCAAGUUUGCACUUAAAGCCAUGCUUAUGACUACACCUCCAGUGUCCAUUUCUCACAUGGAUCAAAAGAAGCUAUCCCAUUUUAUUAUGUGGUCAAUUUCCACUGCUUUGCUGUCAGACUCUGCACGAAUACUUCACCCCAGAGAAUAUGGUCAGCUUAGAAUCUCAUCAGAGGAAGAGCAAUCUGAUGAUUCUCUAAUAGAAAAACUUCUACGUUGGCUAAUUGCUUCUGUAAUCCUUGGAAGAGUUUCGUGCAAAUCUAAUGAUUCGGACUUGAUCUGUUCUGUUGAAAGAUCAAACUUGGAAAGUCUGCAAUCUUUGUUGGACUACAUUGAGAAAGGGUGUGGGGGAAACCGCAGAAGCUGUUUUGGAUGUGAAGAAAUACUGGCUCCUGCUAUCUUUUACCUCCAACAGCUUCUUGGCAUGAAGUGCAGAGUGCUUCCAUCAGUUGUUGCUGCACUUUGUUUGUUACUUCUUUCUGGUGCCUCCUGUUUUUCAGGUAUGCUCUUUAUUUAUGAAUUGCUGGCUUUAUUAACUUCUGACUUUAUUAUUUGGCAUCCCUUCUUUAAGCAUUGGGGCCUGGCUUUUAAAAAUUGGUUUCAGUUUGUUCCUUUAUGUGUCCAUGAUAUUGACAUGGAUAGUGUUUGGUUACAUAUUUCCAAUGCAACCAAUUAUUUAUCCUAAAUUGGUGAGAAAUCUUAAUUCCCGGUCCUGUUUGUGGCCUACCGUCUAGGUGUUGACCUAGUUGAUUUGAACCAGGUCAUGGAGGCUAAUUGUUGAUGACUCAUUAGUAAUUGAGGGGCCAGAAUUUUCUUAUGAGCUGUAUCUAUUGUCUCAGAAUUAGUAAUGUUCAAUUGUCACAAUAAGGCUAUGACUAAGGCUACUGGGUAUGAUGUUUUGGAUAUGAUGUUACCAUGGACAUAUAUGAUGACAUAAUGGGAAUGCUAAUAAAUGUUAAAUGGAG